AUGGCGAGGUAUUUAGUCACGGGUGGAAAUCGAGACGAAGGGGGCAUCAUGUUGGGUAGCUCUAGAUUCACGUUCUUGUUCUACUCGAUUGUUAUGUUCCUCGCAGUCAUGUCAGUGCUCAUAUUUGCGUGUGGUCAUGACAAUGAUGACAAACCUAAGAAGAAAAGCGUGGACAAACCUAAGAAGAAAAGCAGCAGUAGUAGCUCUUGGGGUGGCGGUGGAGGCGGAGGUCCUAUUUUUUGGGGUGCUGGUGCCGGAGCUGGUGCUGGAGCUGGAGCAGGAGUAGGUGCUGGUGGCGGUGGCUCUGGUUGCGGUGGCGGAGGUGGUGGCGGUUGUGGUGGCGGUUGUGGCGGCGGCGGCGGUUGUGGCGGCGGCGGCGGCGGCGGCGGGGGUGGUGGUUGCUGA